UCAAAGCUCAAGGCCCUUGUCCUCAAUUCACCACAGAUAUUGAUCCUUAUCUUCGAAUACCUUCGAAUACUGUGUAUUCACCCAUCCAUUCACCAUGCACUGCUGCCGCCAUUUCUAUCACCAUUCACCAUCCAAACACACACACACACACGCACAAACACCAUUGCCCGCGCAGUCUGAAUCCUAUGCUGCUAACUUUUUGUUUUCAAAAAUCCGAUGAUAUAUAAGCAAAUUUUUCAUUUGUAGUCGAGGUGUUUGAUAGAACGCCUAAGAGAUGAGUUACCUGAGAGUCUGCAUUUCCCCAAUUGUGCUCAUCUUUUUGAUUGAUGGAUAAUGAUUUGGUUUCUCUUAUUAAUUGUAACUCUCUCCUGAUUACAGAGCAAAGUCAGAAAUCGAUCGCGCCCUUGAAAAUCAAGUAAUCGUUUUUUUUAGUUGCAAAUUGAAUGAGAAAUGCCUGCUUUAGCUGCAACUAGAGUGCUUCUUCUUGUUGGUGACGCUAUAUCAUCAGGAAAAUCCUGUGUGUUUUCACGUGUAACUCUUCGAUACAGAAGAUAUGGUCGUGUUAGUAGCGAGAACAGCAAGUCUCUCACUCUAAAGAGUCUCGGAUUCAAGAGUGAAGCUCCGAGGAGUGAUGGAGCCAAUGCCGUUAAGAAGAAAGAGAGGGUUGAUGUAUCUGCAUUAGCUCCAUUUGCUGCACAGUCUUUCUCGGAGCUCGGCCUUCCGCCUCUGUUAGUUGAGAGGUUAGGGAAGGCAGGAUACAACGUUCCAACAGACGUGCAGGCUGCAGCGAUUCCCACCAUUCUCAAGGAUCAUGAUGUUGUUAUACAGUCGUACACGGGUUCAGGAAAGACGCUGGCUUAUGUGCUCCCUAUUCUCUCGGAGAUUGGCCCGUUCAGGGAGGAUGACGAGCAUAGGAGCAAGAUGGGCGUGCAGGCAGUUGUUCUCGCGCCAUCAAGGGAGCUCGGGAUGCAGAUUGUGAGGGAAGUUGAGAAUAUUCUUGGACCCGAGGAUAAGAGAUUAGUGCAACAGCUUGUUGGUGGUGCAAACAAGUCGAGGCAGGAAGAGGGGCUUAAGAAGAACAAGCCUGUGAUGGUUGUUGGGACGCCUGGUCGCGUUGCUGAGAUAAGCGCAUCCGGGAAGCUUCAAACGCAUAACUGCCAGUAUCUGGUUUUGGACGAGGUGGAUGAGCUGCUUGCGUUUAAUUUCAGAGAGGAUAUGCAUCGUAUAUUGGAGCACGCUGGGAGGAGAUCCGGUGCAGGCCAGAGUGUCGCGAACAGCCCUAAAGCCAGGCGAGCUGAGCGCCAGACUAUAAUGGUGUCUGCAACAAUACCCUUCUCAGUGAUCCGAGCAGCUAGAAGUUGGGGUUAUGAGCCUCUUCUCGUCCAGGCCAAGAGCGUUGUCCCUAUUGAAAACAUCCCUGCUCCUACGCCAAUCAAGCCGUCUGAAGCGCCUACUGACUCCACCUCCGGUGGUGCAACCACGCAGGGGCAGGGGCAGGGGCAGGGGCAGAGCCUACCGCCUUCCCUAACACACUACUACUCGGUCACAAGGCUGCAACACAAGGUGGAUGUGUUGAGAAGGUGUGUGCACGCACUUGAUGCAAAAUGCGUGAUAGUUUUCAUGAACCACACGAAACAGCUCAAAGACACGGUCUUCAAGCUGGAGGCACGUGGGAUGAAGGCAGCAGAGCUGCACGGGGACCUCAGCAAACUCGCUAGAUCAACGAUUCUGAAGAAGUUGAGGAAAGGGGAUGUGAGGGUGUUGCUAACCAAUGAGCUCUCUGCUAGAGGAUUGGAUAUUCCGGAAUGUGAUCUUGUGGUUAAUCUGGAGCUGCCUACGGACUCGACCCAUUAUGCUCACCGGGCUGGCCGGACAGGGCGGCUUGGCAGAAGGGGCACCGUGGUUUCUAUAUGCGAGGAGUCGGAGGUUUUUGUUAUGAAGAAGAUGCAGAAGCAGCUUGGUGUUGUGAUGGAAUCUUGUGAGUUUGCUGAGGGAAAACUCAGUGUCAAUGGAGAUUAGAAAUUGAAUCUGCUCAAUUGUUUUGACAUCUGUUGAUGAAGGGAGCUUUUGUGAAAUCUUGAUACAAGUAUAGGGAAGUUUAAGGUUUGUUUUUUUUAUUGCAAUAUGUUGAAAUCUGAAGAAUUUUCUGCGUUUCUUCUCCAAAA